AUGGAGUGUAGGAAAUUCGAGAUUACUAUUAUUUCUGCAGAUGAUCUUCCAGAUGUUAGGAAUUUUCUUCAAAUGAAAGUUUUUGCAAAGGUUUCAAUCCAAGGACAAUCCAAAACUACCAAGAAAACCCCAGCUGACAUGGAAGGUGAGAAAAACCCUGUAUGGAAUUUUUCCACCGAGUACACCAUAGGAGAGGCAGCAGUCCAACAAGAAGGAACCCCUAAAGGAAGACUGAGUAUUUCAUACAGAUUUGGUGAAAGGAUUUUUGUUAAGAAGCCUUCUGGUUGGAACAAGGCACUAGAGUUUGGAUUCUUGAUAUUAGUUGGAGGAGCACUUCUUCUUUUAGAUGGAGCAGAUGAUUCUCAGAUUCCGGUUUUUACAGAUUCAAAGGAUGCAGUUGUCGUUGAUGACGGUGAUGUUUUCUACGAUUUCCCUGAUUCAGAUGGAGGAAUAAGAUAA